AUGACGACGAGAUACAGGGUUGAAUAUGCAUUGAAGACGCACCGCCGUGAUCAAUUGAUCGAAUGGAUCAAGGGUCUUUUAGCUGUGCCCUUUGUGCUCAAUUCGCAGCCAGCAGUCGAGCACGAUGACAAGAACGCCCAUAGUCUUGAUACUAUGGCACGCUCUGCCCGACAACGAUAUGCCGAGAUAUUCAGAGAUGUUGAGGACUUGAUACUGGACCAGAUCAAUCACCAGGAAACGUCAACCAGAUCAAAACUCAGCAUGCUUGUUCCCACUAUUUCAACUUUCUUCACUCCUCUCGCGCUCGAAGAUGCUUUCAGACAUCAGGAUUCCAUUCGCGCCAUUUCGUCACGCCGAUUCGUUGCCCCAUCCUUCAACGACAUCCGUCUGAUAUUGAACACCGCUCAAAUCUUGGCUAUUGUCCAACCCAAACCCUAUCGCACUCUCAAGACAAAGCUGCAACCUGGACUUGACCUGUUGACAUUCGAUGGUGAUGUGACACUCUACGAGGAUGGGGCGUCUUUGCACUCACCUGAAUCCGAUCCUGUCAUUACCAGACUUCUUUACUUCUUAUCUCGUGGAGUUCGGAUCGGAAUUGUGACAGCUGCUGGAUACACGCAGCCUGAACAUUACUUCAAUCGGUUAUCUGGCUUGCUGCUUGCCGUUAAAUCGUCACAGGAAUUGAAACGAGAGCAAAAGGAGAAUCUCAUCAUCAUGGGUGGCGAGUCGAACUUCCUCUUGGUGUUUGACGAGAGUGCAGAACACUGUCUACGCUACAUCCAUCGACGAGAAUGGAUCCUAGACGCAAUGAAAGGUUGGAAUGAGCCUGCGAUCCAAGCCUUACUCGAUGUUGCUGAAUCUGCAUUUCACUCCUGCAUCCGAACUCUUCAUCUCCAAGCAAAGGUCUUGAGGAAAGAGCGAGCAGUUGGUAUUUACGCAGCAGACCAAUCUCAGAAAUUGACCCGGGAACAAUUGGAGGAGACGGUUCUUGUCGUGCAGCAGGUACUGGAAGCCUCUUUCAAUGAACCGGGCCAUGGAAACAAAGCGGCACAUGCCGAUAUUCCUUUUACGGUUUUCAAUGGAGGCGCGGAUGUUUUUCUGGAUAUUGGAGACAAAUCACUGGGUGUGCAAGCGUGUCAGAAAUGGUUUGGAGGGAUUCCACCAUCAAACACGCUCCAUGUUGGCGAUCAAUUUCUAAGUGGUGGAGGCAAUGACUUCAAGGCCCGCAGUGCUUGUUGUUGCGCAUGGAUUGCAAGUCCGGUAGAAACUGUUGCUUUGUUGGAUGAAAUCAUUCAGCUUCAUAAAUCAUAG